AUGUCUGUGCUGAUGACGGCGAUAGUGGUGAUGGUGAUGCACCCCGUCGUCCAGGCACGCGCACAAGCCGAGCUCGACACCGUCGUCGGGAAGACGCGGCUGCCGACGUUUGACGACAUGGAGCGCCUGCCGUACCUGCAGUGCGUCAUGUCCGAGAUCUUCCGAUGGGGUGUUGCAACGCCCGUAGGCACGUAUCCGUCCCGCUGGCCGCGCUAUCUACUUGCUUACUCUCGCCCCGCAGGCGUGCCACACCGCUCAAUAGAGGACGACGAAUACAACGGGUGGCAUAUUCCCAAGGGCACGAUGGUCAUCGCGAAUGCUUGGGCGAUGCUGCGCGACGAACGAGUGUACCCAGACCCGGACCGGUUCAACCCCGACCGUUUCCUCAGCGGCGAGGGCCACGAGCCCCAGGCGGACCCGCGUGGGCCGCUGUUCGGCUUCGGACGUCGGGUGUGCCCCGGGAAGGACCUCGCAGAGAACAGCCUGUUCGCAGCACUUGCGCUCGUGCUGCACGCGUUCAAGCUCACGCCCGCCGUCGGGGCAGACGGGUGCGCGGUGCGCGUCGACGGCGCGUUCCGGGAGCACAGUAUUCGACACCCGGAGCCAUUCACCUGCACGAUCCUCCCGCGCCUGAAGACGUCGGCGGCGCUCAUCCGGCAGGUGAUGGAGUCGCAUUGA